AUGCAAGAAUACUCAAGACCCGAAUCCCCCAAUGCUACCCUAAUUCAUGUUGGAUCUAUGAUGAUCUCCGUUGAUGGUGUCGUGCGGCCUUUCCUACCAGGCAUUUCGCGCCAGGUCGUUGAGGCCUUUGAGAAGGACGAGUGGUCCAUCGCAGACUUCGAGUCUCUGCCCCUCGCUGGUACCGAGGGCAAGUACGGCACAUACAUCCUUUUCGCUGCGGACCUAUACGAGAGGAGGACGCUGCACAUGUCGGCUGCAGCGUUAACAUGUUUCUAUGCCAUGACUUCUCUCCCAUUGAAGCCGUGGAACAUCCAAUUCCCAUCCACUUCCAUUGAGGAGAUGCAGUGA